GGUAAGCGGUAAUUUUUCUGAUUAGUUAAAAGCCAGCACUGGUCACACUGGACGCUCUUAGCUUGCGAAAAUUGUAAACAAAAUUAAUAAAACUGAAAGCGCACAAUAUAGUUUAAAGUAUGGGAGUAACUGUACUGCAACCUUAUCCCUUGCCCGAGGGCAAAUCGGGUGCGCACAUAAUCGAUCAGCUAAGCAAGCGUCUGCUCGCACUGGGUGCCACACAUGCCGGCCAAUUUCUGGUGGACUGCGAAACGUUCAUAUCGACGCCACAGCCGCACAAUGGAGCACCUGGACGCGCCGUUCACGUCCUGCACAACUCCGAGUGUCCCGCCUCCACAUUCUCCAUCAUCGACAACGGCACCGGCAAACAGGUGGCCAUUGUCGCCGACAACAUCUUCGAUCUGCUUAUGCUCAAGAUGACCAACACCUUCACCUCCAAAAAGCAGACCAAAAUCGAGUCCCGUGGCGCUCGUUUUGAGUACGGCGAUUUUGUUAUCAAACUUGGAUCCGUCACCAUGAUGGAGCACUUCAAGGGCAUCCUCAUCGAGAUCGAGUACAAGUCGUGCGUGAUUCUGGCCUACUGCUGGGAGAUGAUACGCGAGGUGCUCCAGGGAUUCCUCGGCAUUGCAGUGGGAAAGGACUUCCCAUCUUAUUUCGCUCCGCAGACAAUAAUGACGGCAAUGGGCCAACAGCAGCUGCAUGCCAAGCACAACGACAUCUUCGAGCCAAUGGACACUGUGAAGCAAUAUCUGGAGCAGUUCACCAACUACAGAAAGCAUGUGGCUCUUAUGGGGGGUAUGGGCAGUGGGCCGGGUGGCCAACAGGUUGGUCCGAACGUGCAUAUGUCUCCUUCGGUGGCGGGCCUGCAUCGACCCUGAUCCGCCGACGUCAAGGUGGAGCCACCAGAUGGAACUGAAGCCGAUUGAGUUGAUUAAGACGAGAUAUGUAUGUAGCUUAACAUCAACAUAAUA